AACAGAGCACCAAGCUGUCUCUGUUUUCCGCGCUCUCUUUGCCUAGACUCUGUUUUAUAAUAUCUACUUUGUUUUCCCUUUCUUUUGAGACACUCCUUAACAAUCAGAAGGUUUGAGGAGAAUAUGGGUGAAAAGACAGAAACUUUGGAAGCCGUAGUGAAGGAAUCUGUGGAUUUGGAGAACGUGCCACUUGAAGAGGUUUUUCAGGCUUUGGUAUGUAAUAAGCAUGGCCUUACCACAGAGGCUGCGCAGCAAAGGUUGGCCAUUUUUGGGUACAACAAGCUCGAGGAGAAGAAGGAAAGUAAAAUUUUGAAGUUCUUAGGGUUUAUGUGGAACCCUCUAUCAUGGGUUAUGGAAGCAGCGGCUAUUAUGGCCAUUGCUCUGGCCAAUGGAGGAGGAAAACCACCUGACUGGCAAGAUUUUGUUGGGAUUAUUAUUCUGCUUCUGAUCAAUUCAACUAUAAGUUUUAUUGAAGAGAACAACGCUGGUAACGCUGCGGCUGCACUCAUGGCACGUCUAGCACCCAAAGCCAAGGUGUUUAGAGAUGGGAAGUGGCUUGAGGAGGACGCAUCCAUUCUUGUUCCAGGUGAUAUAAUCAGCAUUAAGCUAGGGGACAUUAUUCCUGCUGAUGCUCGUCUACUUGAUGGUGAUCCCUUAAAAAUUGAUCAGUCUGCCCUAACUGGUGAGUCACUUCCUGUGACAAAGAGCCCAAGUGACAGUGUGUAUUCUGGCUCAACAUGCAAGCAGGGAGAGAUUGAAGCAGUGGUUAUUGCCACUGGUGUUCAUACCUUUUUUGGCAAGGCUGCUCACCUUGUAGACAGCACGAAUCAACAAGGGCACUUUCAAAAGGUCUUGACUGCUAUUGGGAACUUCUGUAUUUGUUCUAUUGCCGUGGGGAUGAUCAUAGAGCUUAUUGUCAUGUACCCAAUUCAACACCGCGAAUACCGGCCUGGGAUUGACAAUCUGUUGGUCCUGCUUAUUGGAGGAAUUCCCAUUGCUAUGCCUACAGUUCUGUCUGUGACAAUGGCAAUUGGUUCCCAUCGAUUGUCUCAACAGGGAGCUAUCACUAAAAGAAUGACAGCCAUAGAAGAAAUGGCAGGAAUGGAUGUGCUUUGCAGUGACAAAACAGGAACUUUAACACUGAAUAAGCUCUCAGUUGACAAAAAUCUUAUUGAGGUCUUUGAUAAACAAGUAGAUGCUGACACCAUUGUACUAAUGGCAGCUCGGGCUUCUCGUUUGGAAAAUCAAGAUGCAAUAGAUGCUGCCAUUGUCGGGAUGUUGGCUGAUCCAAAGGAGGCAAGAAGUGGUAUUGUAGAGGUGCAUUUCCUUCCAUUCAACCCCACCGAUAAACGAACAGCUUUGACAUAUAUUGACAGUGAAGGUAAAAUGCAUCGUGUAAGCAAAGGUGCACCUGAGCAGAUUUUGAAUCUUGCACACAUUAAGUCUGACAUAGAUCGGAGGGUUCAUGCUGUGAUUGAUAAGUUUGCAGAAAGAGGCUUAAGAUCCCUUGCAGUAGCUUACCAGGAAGUUUCAGAUGGAAGGAAGGAAAGCCCAGGAGGGCCGUGGAAAUUUGCUGGCCUCAUGCCUCUAUUUGAUCCACCUAGACAUGAUAGUGCAGAAACAAUUCGAAAGGCAUUAAAUCUUGGGGUAAAUGUUAAAAUGAUCACAGGUGAUCAACUAGCAAUAGCAAAGGAGACUGGACGCCGUCUAGGAAUGGGUACAAACAUGUAUCCAUCCUCUGCAUUAUUAGGACAACAGAAGGAUGAGUCAAUUGCUGCUUUGCCAGUUGACGAUCUGAUCGAAAAGGCUGAUGGAUUUGCAGGAGUUUUUCCUGAGCACAAAUAUGAAAUCGUGAGACGUUUGCAGGCCAGAAAACAUAUAUGUGGAAUGACUGGUGACGGAGUAAAUGAUGCUCCUGCUCUUAAAAAGGCUGAUAUUGGCAUAGCUGUUGCUGAUGCAACUGAUGCAGCUCGUAGUGCUUCAGAUAUUGUCUUGACACAACCUGGCUUGAGUGUAAUUAUAAGUGCUGUACUUACAAGUCGCUCUAUAUUCCAGAGAAUGAAAAAUUACACAAUUUAUGCUGUUUCCAUUACAAUUCGUAUUGUGCUUGGUUUCAUGCUACUGGCCCUCAUAUGGCAGUUUGAUUUCCCACCCUUCAUGGUUCUGAUUAUUGCCAUCCUUAAUGAUGGUACAAUUAUGACAAUAUCAAAGGAUAGGGUGAAACCUUCUCCUCUUCCAGAUAGCUGGAAGCUAGCUGAGAUCUUUACCACUGGAAUCAUACUUGGUGGUUACUUGGCUAUGAUGACAGUCAUUUUCUUUUGGGCAGCAUACAAGACAGACUUCUUUCCUCAUAUAUUUGGGGUUUCAAGCCUACAACAAAAGAAUGGAAAAGACUUCAGAAAACUAGCCUCUGCAAUAUACCUGCAAGUGAGCACCAUCAGUCAAGCUCUCAUAUUCGUGACACGAUCUCGGAGUUGGUCUUUCAUUGAGCGCCCUGGUCUCUUACUUGUUGCUGCUUUUGCUGUUGCUCAACUGAUUGCCACAUUGAUUGCUGUCUAUGCAAACUGGAGUUUUGCUGCAAUUUCGGGGAUUGGCUGGGGAUGGGCUGGUGUUGUUUGGCUUUACAACAUCAUCUUCUAUUUCCCACUUGAUUUUAUCAAGUUCUUUAUCAGAUAUGCAUUGAGUGGGAGAGCUUGGGAUCUUGUAAUUGAACAAAGAAUUGCCUUUACAAGAAAGAAAGAUUUUGGCAAAGAAGAACGCGAGCUUAAAUGGGCACAUGCACAAAGGACCCUCCAUGGGCUACACCCUCCUGAAGCCAAGAUGUUUACAGAUCGAUCAACUACAGAACUCAAUCAGAUGGCAGAAGAGGCAAAACGACGAGCUGAGAUUGCCAGAUUGAGAGAGCUGCAUACAUUAAAAGGACAUGUGGAGUCAGUAGUGAGACUCAAAGGUCUUGACAUAAACACAAUUCAGCAAGCCUACACAGUUUGAGACUUAUUUUUAUGUUUUGUUUCUCCAUAUCAGUAUCAAUAUCUACUUUUGUAAUAAUGUUCUUAGCCCGAGAGAUUUGUAAGUUAUCAUUACGAAAGUAUAUAUUAAAUACAUCAACAUGGUAAUUAAUGCAUAACCAAUCAUAUAAACUUUUUUUGUAAUUAGGUUACAUGUGAAA